AACAUUUCAAUGUGAUGAAUAUUGAUAGCAUUUAGCGUGUAUAAUCAGAGCAAUUUAGUCGAUCUUUUAGCAAUAAGCAGUGAAGAAAUUUGGCCGUUAUGGAAAAGAUUCGGAAGAAAAUAGUGGUGGUGGGUGAUGGUGGUAUUGGGAAAACGUGUUUGCUGACUGUUUUUGCAACCAACGAGUUUCCCGAAAAGCAUCUUCCUACAAUAUUUGAUACUUACGUUAAAGACAUAUUUGUUGAUGAGAAACCAUUCAGUUUAGUUCUCUCGGAUACUGCAGGCGAAGAAGACUAUGACCGACUUCGACCGUUAUCGUACUCGAAAACCGACUUAGUGCUUAUAUGUUAUUCUAUAGACAAUCCCGUGUCCCUAGACAAUGUGAAAUUAAAGUGGUAUCCAGAAAUAAAACAUUUCCUGCCAAACGCUUACUAUUUUCUAGUUGGAACUAAGCAAGAUCGGCGGCACAGCAAAAGCAUCUCUUUCCAUGAAGGGCUGAGGAUGUCGAACAGGAUCAGAGCUGAUCGUUACAUGGAGUGUUCAGCAAAAUUUUCUUUAGGCGUUCGACCUAUUUUUGAAGAAGCCGCCAGACUGAUGUUGAAUCCCAAGAAACGAGGUUUUCUGCGAGAAUGUUUAAUUUUAUGAAAAGUAAAAUUACUGACUAGUUUCUCAAUAGAACUAUGAUGGAAACCGCA